UUAGGAGCAAAUCUGAGCUGCCGAGCAGGGUGGCGGUUCCUUUCCUGGAUUAGGACCCAGGCCGUGGGAACCGGACCACCCCUGAGGCAGGAGGGCCACCCCGAUGUCUCCCCGGGGCCUGGGCCUGCCCCGGAGCCCCUUCCUCCUGGGGAGGGGGGGCCCUGGGCUCAUGUCCUCCCCACCCCUCCUGCCUCCUUCCCUGCAGGUGAACUUCCACAGCCCCCCAAGUGGCCAGAGAUGCUGGGCCGAGCGGACCCAAGUGGAGAAGCGGCUGGUGGUGCUGGUGGCACUUCUGGCAGCAGGACUGGUGGCCUGUGUGGCGGUGCUGGGCGUCCAGUACCGGACAAGAACGCCCUCGGUGUGCCUCAGCCAGGGCUGCGUCUCAGUGACCAGCUCCAUCUUGAAUUCCAUGGACCCCAGGGUGGACCCCUGCCAGGACUUCUUCACCUAUGCCUGCGGCGGCUGGAUCAAAACCAACCCCGUGCCUGAUGGCCACUCGCGCUGGGGGACAUUCAGCCACCUCUGGGAACACAACCAAGCCAUCAUCAAGCACCUCCUCGAAAAUUCCACAGCCAGUGUGAGCGAAGCAGAAAAGAAGGCCCAGGUAUACUAUCGCGCGUGUAUGAACGAAACCAAGAUCGAGGAGCUCAAGGCCAAGCCCCUGAUGGAGAUGAUUGAGAGGCUCGGGGGCUGGAACAUCACAGGGCCCUGGGACAAGGACAACUUCCAGGAGAUCCUGGAGGCGGUCACAUCCCGCUACCGCACCUCGCCCCUCUUCUCCGUCUACGUCAGUGCCGAUUCCAAAAACUCCAACAGCAACGUGAUCCAGGUGGACCAGGCUGGCCUGGGCUUGCCCUCCAGGGAUUAUUACCUGAACAAAACGGAAAAUGAGAAGGUGCUGACGGGUUACCUGAACUACAUGGUCCAGCUGGGGAAGCUGCUGGGCGGAGGGGACGAGGACGCCGUGCGGCCCCAGAUGCAGCAGAUCCUGGACUUUGAGACCACGCUGGCCAACAUCACCAUCCCCCAGGAGAAGCGCCGGGACGAGGAGCUCAUCUACCACAAGAUGACAGCAGCCGAGCUGCAGGCCUUGGCGCCCGCCAUCAACUGGCUGCCCUUCCUCAACGCCAUCUUCUCCCCUGUGGAGAUCAAUGCGUCCGAGCCUAUCGUGGUCUAUGACAAGGAGUACCUCAGCCAGGUCUCCACCCUCAUCAACAACACUGACAAGUGCCUGCUGAACAACUACAUGAUCUGGACCCUGGUGCGGAAGACAACUGGCUUCCUUGAUCAGCGCUUUCAGGAUGCCGACGAGAAGUUGAUGGAAAUCAUAUAUGGAACCAAGAAGACCUGCCUUCCUCGCUGGAAGCUGUGCGUGAGUGACACAGAGAACAACUUGGGCUUCGCCCUGGGCCCCAUGUUUGUGAAAGAGACCUUCGCCGAGGACAGCAAGAGCAUAGCCAGCGAGAUCAUCCUGGAGAUCAAGAAGGCGUUUGAGGAGAGCCUGAGCACCCUCAAGUGGAUGGAUGAAGACACGCGGAAAUCAGCCAAGGAGAAGGCGGACGCCAUCUACAACAUGAUAGGCUACCCCAACUUCAUCAUGGACCCCAAGGAGCUCGACAAAGUGUUCAACGAUUACACAGCAGUCCCGGACCUCUACUUCGAGAACGCCAUGCGCUUUUCCAACUUCUCCUGGAGGGUCACUGCCGACCAGCUCAGGAAAGCUCCCAACAGAGACCAGUGGAGCAUGACCCCUCCCAUGGUGAAUGCUUACUACUCGCCCACUAAGAACGAGAUUGUGUUUCCGGCCGGAAUCCUGCAGGCCCCGUUCUACACCCGCUCUUCACCCAUGGCCUUAAAUUUUGGUGGCAUCGGUGUCGUCGUGGGCCACGAGCUGACUCAUGCUUUUGAUGAUCAAGGACGGGAGUAUGACAAGGACGGGAACCUCCGGCCCUGGUGGAAGAACUCGUCCGUGGAGGCUUUCAAGCGGCAGACCGAGUGCAUGGUGCAGCAGUACGGCAACUACAGCGUGAACGGGGAGCCGGUGAACGGCCGGCACACCCUCGGGGAGAACAUCGCAGAUAACGGGGGCCUCAAGGCGGCCUAUCGGGCCUACAAGAACUGGGUGAAGCGGAACGGGCCCGAGCAGACGCUGCCCACCCUGGGGCUCACCAACGACCAGCUCUUCUUCCUGGGGUUCGCGCAGGUCUGGUGCUCCGUCCGCACGCCCGAGAGCACCCACGAGGGCCUCAUCACGGAUCCCCACAGCCCCUCCCGCUUCCGAGUCAUCGGCUCCGUCUCCAACUCCAAGGAGUUCUCGGAACACUUCCACUGCCCGCUGGGCUCACCCAUGAACCCGCGUCACAAGUGUGAAGUCUGGUGAGGGGCAAAGACCGCGAGCCACGACGGAGGCGGGACAGGGCGGGGCUGAGGAUGACCCGCAGGGUGGAGCCCACAGGCUGCGCCCUCCGUCCAGUGCCCAGGGUGCCACCCAGCCCCCCUGGCCGCCCAGGGCCCCCGCCCCCGCACUGGAGGGUUUUCAGCCGGAACUGAGCCUGUGAUGUGGGUUCUCAGCAUAACCCGAGAUUCGACCCCCUGCGGAGACCCUGUCACCCCAGCGCCUGCACCAACUCUGAAGGGCAUUUGGGUGUCAGGCUGGUGGCUCGCCAGGCCUGGGCCCCAUGCUGACAAGGGCAGUGGGCACAGCCCCAUGCCCACAUCUAUCGCCAGAUAUACCACUGUGUCAAAUGCUUUAAAUAUAUAUUUUUGGGGAAACUA